AUGAUUCAACCAGAAGCAUGGUCCAAAAAUAGCGAUAUGUGCUUAAAGUCGAGCAAAUUUUACAUGAAUAAGUAUAAAAAUUUAUUCAACUGGAAAAGCGAUGAAUCAAUAUUGGAAUUUGGCAUGGGAGACGGCAGAAAUUCUAUGGAGUCAUUAUGGCCAUAUUUACCAACGAAUUUCAAGGAGUACAUCGGCACUGAUGUAUCAGAAAUCAUGGUCGAAUAUGCUAGUAAACAAGCGACGAACGACAGAAUGAAAUUCAUGCCAUUAGAUAUUGCAUGUCCGAAUAUGUCAAAGGAUUUUAUAAGUAGGUUCGAUCAUAUCUUCUCGUUUUUUGUCAUGCAUUGGGUACAAAACUCAAG